AAAAACCGGAAUAGUAACAAAAUCGAAUUCGUAUUCGUUGCAUAUAUCACUCGAUUCCAAUUUCGAAAACUGGCAAUGUUUUUUAUUCGAAAGUUUGGAAAAGUCCAAAAGAUGGCGACAUGUGUGCUGCGAUUAAAGUCUAUUGUAUUUCACAAUGUGUAGCAACAUCAACAAACAGUUAAUAGCUGCUGCGCUCGCAUCACCGUAUAUCAGUAGGUGUUUGGCAUUCAUAUAUGCAACAAGUAUCGACAAGAAAGUGCAAACGAUAGCAGCUUAGUGAGCUAUUUAAUCAUUAGAUAGAAAUAAACAAAAGUGUGUUCAAUACUGAUAUUUUUAGGUUCUAGCUAUUAAAAUCGUUUUUGUCGUAAUUGAUUUGACAUUUAAUAAAAAAAAAGUUGAAAACUUCCAACAAAUCAGAAUGGAUAGUGACGACGAACAAGAAUAUUUUGCAAUGGAUUCGGGCGAUGAAAUGAAUUCAGACGAUGAAAUGGACAGUUCGGUAUCUAUUCCAAAAAUUCCAUCGUUCGAAACCAUGACAGCCGAUGAAAUCGUGAAAUUAAUGAAUCAAUACAUUGAAGAGGUUGAAUCCAUCGUUGAGAUGCCGGCGACAACGACAGCCACACGAAUUCUAUUGAGCCACACGAAAUGGGACAAACAAGAGCUUCUGGAUCGACUCACAGACGAAAAUCGCGAUGAAUUUUUUAAGGUGGCACACGUUCAGAAUCCAUUCAAAGUGCAGCCGAAAAAACGGCCCACCCGAAAACAACUCACAUGCUCCAUUUGUUUCUCGGAUUUUUCACAAUUAGAUAUUGUCGGCCUUGGCUGUGAUCAUGAGUACUGCAAGGAUUGUUGGCGACAAUAUUUGACAAUCAAAAUAUCCGACGAUGGUCAUGCCGAGUCGAUUUGUUGUCCAGCAACCAAAUGCGGCAUCGCUGUCGAUGAUGUCACCGUGAUGCAAUUGGUUUCGGAUGAAAACACCCGACAGAAAUAUCAACAUUUGAUGACUAACAGUUUCGUUGAGCACAAUCAUUCGUUACGUUGGUGUCCAUCACCUGGUUGUAGUUUGGCCGUAAAAGCCAAUCAUUUGAUAGCCUAUCGACAGAAUUGUAAGUGCCAAUGUGGUCAAAAUUUUUGUUUCAAUUGUGGUGACGAUUCACAUGACCCGAUUCCAUGCAAUUUGAUGAAAAACUGGAAGAAAAACGACAACGACAAAACAAUUGAAUAUCUCACGAAAUACACAAAGUGCUGUCCCAAAUGUCAUUCGAUCAUCGAAAAGAACGGCGGCUGCAAUCACAUGACUUGUCGAAAGUGCAACCAUGAAUUUUGUUGGUUAUGUUUUGGCAACUGGAAGGGUCAUGGGGGCGGUUGCAAUACAUACAAAAGUGCAGACGAUGUUGUCGACGACCAAAAACGUUGGGAGCAUUACUUCAAACGCUACGGAUUACACAAAAAGUCAUUGAAAAUCGAAUUAGGUCUGGUAGAAUCGGUCAAUAGUAAAAUGGACGAAUUACAAGCGAUGGGAAAGUCAUGGAAUGAGGUUCAAUUUUUGAUGAAGGCGGUGGAAAUUUUAUGGGAAAGUCGAAGACAGCUGAUGUUCACGUACAUUUUCGCAUAUUUUGUGAAAACCCACCAUCAAAAGACUAUUUUCGAAGUAAACCAAUGCGAUCUGGAGAAGGCAACCGAAAAUUUGUCUCAAUACUUCGAACAGGACCUAACAAAAGACAAUGCCGAAGAGAUCAAAAAUAAUGUUCUGAACAGAUCCAAUUACUGUGAACGGCGUCAAAAGACCAUGCAGGAGCAUAUUUUUGAAGGUUUUGAAAAUAACUGGUGGGCAUUCCAGUCGUUCAUUUGAUUCAGUCUUUGCAGUCACAACGGAUUCCAUCCCAUACAUCAAAUAAUGUUCGAUUGAACACUCCGAACCAUAGACUUGUUACAGUUAACCAUCUCAUUGAUGAAAGUUACUACCUCAAUCAUGCCAAAAUCGAAAUAGGUUAAUCCGAACUGAUGAAAUUUAAGUCAUAACUAGUUAAGUGAAAUAUUUCAAAAUUUAAGGUAUAGAGUAAGAAGAGGAAGAAAAAUUUAUGUUAACUACAUCGAAUCUAUUUAAAAAAAAAUCAUCUCUCCAACAACAACAACAACAACAACCAAAAAACAAACAUUAGUCAUCAACAUCCAUAAUAAAUUUAUUACACUUGGUUUGCGCGAA